ACCCAAUCUCUUAAUCCAGCUCGUUAAAAGCUCCAGACUUGUCACUUGGGUCGCCGUCAGAUUUUGUGAUAUAUCAUGGAGUUUUGUCAACCAAACGCAACCGCAACAGCAUUGAGCGACCCACUUAACUGGAAUGUAGCAGCAGAGGCUUUAAAAGGGAGCCACCUGGAGGAGGUGAAGAAGAUGGUGAAGGAUUAUAGGAAAGAAACGGUGCAGCUCGGCGGAGAGACGCUGACCAUCGGUCAGGUUGCGGGGGUGGCGAGUGGAGGAACGACAGUGGAGCUUUCUGAGGAGGCUCGUGCCGGUGUAAAGGCGAGUAGUGAGUGGGUGAUGGAGAGCAUGAAUCGUGGUACCGACACUUAUGGUAUCACCACUGGAUUUGGUUCAUCUUCUCGUAGGAGAACUGACCAAGCUUUAACGUCUAAGAAAAUGAAAAAAGGAGUGCACAUGUACUUGAACGCCGGGAUAUUCGCUACCGGCGACGGAGAUGACGACACGUCAAAUACGCUUCCCCGGCCGGCUACAAGAGCGGCGAUGCUCAUCCGCCUAAACACCCUCCUCCAAGGCUACUCUGGUAUACGCUUUGAGAUCCUCGAAGCCAUCACAAAAUUCCUCAACCGGAAAAUCACACCGCUCCUCCCUCUCCGAGUAUCAUCCUUUUUCGAACUCCGGCCCAAGGAGGGGCUUGCGCUCGUGAAUGGGACUGCGGUGGGAUCUGCUUUAGCCUCCACCGUACUGUAUGAUGCCAACAUUUUGGCGGUUUUUUCGGAGGUUGCUUCGGCCAUGUUUGCUGAGGUUAUGCAGGGGAAACCGGAGUUUACGGAUCAUCUUACGCAUAAACUCAAGCACCAUCCUGGUCAGAUAGAAGCCGCCGCAAUCAUGGAGCAUAUCUUAGACGGAAGCUCCUAUGUCAAAGAAGCUCAACAUCUCCACAAAAUUGAUCCGCUUCAGAAACCUAAACAAGAUCGUUACGCUCUGCGAACGUCGCCGCAAUGGCUCGGACCACAGAUUGAGGUGAUAAGAGCAGCGACAAAGAUGAUCGAACGUGAGAUAAACUCGGUAAACGAUAACCCUUUGAUCGAUGUUUCAAGGAACAAAGCUAUUCACGGUGGGAAUUUCCAGGGGACACCGAUUGGUGUCGCCAUGGAUAACACUCGUCUAGCACUUGCUUCGGUCGGGAAGCUAAUGUUCGCUCAGUUCACUGAACUCGUAAAUGAUUACUACAACAACGGGUUACCCUCUAAUCUAUCUGGCGGGAGAAACCUUAGUCUUGAUUACGGAUUAAAAGGCGCAGAAGUAGCCAUGGCUUCUUAUUGCUCAGAGCUUCAGUUCUUAGCUAAUCCUGUGACGAACCAUGUCGAAAGCGCUUCCCAACACAAUCAAGAUGUUAACUCUCUUGGGCUGAUCUCGAGCCGAAAGACAGCAGAAGCUGUGGUUAUCCUCAAGCUCAUGUCAACAACUUACUUGGUAGCUUUGUGCCAAGCCUUUGAUCUGAGACACCUUGAAGAAAUUCUCAAGAAAGCGGUUAAGGAGGCUGUGAGCCAGACUGCCAAAAGCGUUCUAGCUAUCGAACCAUUCCGCGAACACGACGACAUUCUCCGAGUUGUCAACCGCGAAUACGUCUUCUCCUAUGUUGAUGACCCAACUAGCCUCACUAACCCUCUGAUGCAGAAGCUGAGACACGUCCUCUUCGAUAAAGCUUUAGCUGAACCGGAAGGCGAGACAGACACGGUUUUCCGAAAAAUCGGAGCGUUCGAAGCCGAGCUGAAAUCUCUCCUCCCUAAAGAAGUGGAACGAGUCAGGACAGAAUACGAGAACGGUACAUCUAAUGUGGCUAACCGAAUCAAGAAGUGUCGAUCGUAUCCGCUGUACCGGUUUGUGCGGGACGAACUCGAGACUAGGAUGCUAACCGGAGAGAAUGUCCGGUCACCAGGAGAGGAUUUCGACAAAGUCUUCACGGCGAUCUCUCAAGGAAAACUCAUAGAUCCUCUGUUCGAAUGUCUCAAAGAGUGGAACGGAGCUCCGAUUCCUAUCUGCUAAAAUGUUCACUCAGAUCAAAGUCUUUGCCUUGCCUUUUCAAUAUCCUGCUUCUUUUAUGAUUAUGUCGUGUGGAGAAUAUUUGGUGUGUAUGUUUAGUUUUCAUGACACUGAGUCACUGACUUUGAUCAAAGUCUUGCCUUGCCCUUUUAGUGUCCUGUUUCUUUUAUGAUUAUGUCGUGUGGUUGUGGUCGGUUUUGUAACUGGUAAGUCUUGUUGAA